CUGUAAUAUGUUUUCGCAGAUCUGUAGAUCAUGUGUUGCAUUUGGAUAAAUCACAAUCUGAAUAAGAUGUCAAUCACUAUUAUGAGUGAAUUCACUGUUGUCAAUCUGAAGCCUCCAUGUGAUCAUCUGACCGCGAGCAACACGCGGGAACAAGACCGAGUCAUUCAGCUGAGACGCAAAUAUCUGCAUAUUAUCGACACAUCGGAUUUUUAUACUGUUUAUGUGAUUAUAUAUAUAAGUUAUAUAUAUUUUUGUCUCUGCUUAUUACUUUGGACGAAGUGAUGUUGACUAAUAAACUGUUGACCCUGGUGCUGGUGGUGCAGCCCGGACGGGUGUUGUUGGGAAUGAAGAAAAGAGGCUUUGGAGCGGGCAAGUGGAAUGGGUUUGGAGGGAAAGUCCAGCCAGGAGAGACCAUAGAGCAGGCGGCCAGACGGGAGCUGCUAGAGGAAAGUGGCCUCAUCGUCGACACCCUCCACAAGAUUGGCAAUAUCAAAUUUGAGUUUAUUGGGGAAACAGAACUGCUGGAUGUCCACGUUUUUAGAGCUGACGCCUAUAAAGGAGAGCCAACCGAAUCAGACGAGAUGAGGCCGCAGUGGUUUGACACCGAUAAAAUACCUUUCGGCCAGAUGUGGGCAGAUGAUGUCCUGUGGUUCCCACUGAUGCUUCAGAAAAAGAAGUUCUUGGGAUAUUUUAAAUUCCACGGUCACGAUGUGAUAGUGGAGCAGAAACUGGAGGAAGUGGAGGAUGUGUGAUUGGGGUUUGGAUACCACUGAUGAACUUUGCCACUGUAUCAGUGGAAAUUAUCCAACUACAUGCCUUCCUGGAUACUAUGUGAAAUCCUAAGAUGUACUGUAAAAAUGCUGUAGUUUAAUGUAUUAAAUGUACCGCAUUUUGUACAAGCACCCUUCUUUUUUUGCCUGGGAAAAUAGCGUUAUCUUUUAGUUUUGGUGUUCCAUUUAUAUUUAGGUUAAAUUCACACGUCUCCUGUUUUCUGAUGUUUUGUUUUUUCCACUUUCUUUGUUCAUCAUUCCUACAAUGGUUGUUCAGUAGAGUACAACAAAAAUCAUACCUUUGUUCUUACCAAGAUCUUUAAUAUUCAUCUACUAAAUAAAAUAAUGGAAAGUGCAGUAUAAAACAAAGUAUCCAUCUAUCUAAUGUCUGUCUGUUAUAGUGGAAAUAAACAACUGCAAGUAGUACAGAAUGAAUGUAAGGCAGGUGAAACCUAAUUCUCAAACCAUUUGCCCUCUGUGCCUGUAGGUGGCAGGAUUGAAUACAUAUUGGAGAACAACAACUUUUUUCCAUUUCUUUAAUGCUUUACCUUGUUCAAACAUGUACAAUUGAUAAUAAUAAGCUCUGCUAAAUUCAGUUAAAUACAAGUUCAUCUGUAAAGCGCUUUUUCCUAAAGGGGUUUCUAGAAUGUUUAACAAUUAAGACAAUAAUAUGCAUGAUGCAUGCACUAUCGAUCAAUAGCAUCUAUACAGCUUUAUGGUGAAUUGAAAGUACAUCGUAUUUUCUUCAGACACAUAUUUUGAAGUAUAGUUUACAUGAUAGCUUACUAGCAAUGUGAGAAUUUUAGACCUUCAAGACUUAUUGCAUGAAAACAGGUCUGUAGCAGAUAGAUCAGCUAAUAAUAACUAGUUUAUGCCUCAUUGAAGUUACUACUUAAGACUCAGAAGCCAGGCUCAGGCUUAACAACUAACAAAACAAA